UUCGACGUUGAACGGGGUUAUUCACUUGAAUGUAACAGCUAGCGUGAUGAGGCUAAGCUAGCUGUCAGCCAGGCAUCUACGGGUUUUGCUGCCGAGUUUGCUACCGGAUGCCCCGGGUCGUAUCCUGCUGGCCGUCUUGACAUUCCCUCAACAUUCCUGGACGAAUUCGUGUCGACUGACCAGAGUCCGCGAAUUCAGGUCCACUCCUAUUCUAACCUUUCCCUGUUAGCGUAACCUAGCUCGCCGGCUAACGAGUGUGCACACUCGGAGAACCAGACUGACGAGGCAGCAUUCAACUUAAGGACCACACCCAGACAAGAUGUCCCUUCAUCAAUUUCUGUUGGAACCCAUCACCUGCCACGCGUGGAACCGCGACAGGACACAAAUUGCCAUCAGUCCCAAUAACCAUGAAGUUCAUAUCUAUAAGAAAAGUGGUAACCAGUGGGUCAAGACUCAUGAACUGAAGGAGCACAAUGGACAUAUAACAGGCAUCGACUGGGCUCCUAAAAGUGACCGUAUAGUGACAUGUGGGGCAGAUCGCAAUGCCUAUGUGUGGUCUCAGAAGGAGGGUGUAUGGAAGCCCACACUGGUCAUCCUCAGGAUCAACCGUGCUGCCACCUUCGUCAAGUGGUCUCCACUGGAGAACAAGUUCGCAGUGGGUAGCGGGGCUCGACUCAUCUCUGUCUGCUACUUUGAAUCUGAGAAUGAUUGGUGGGUGAGCAAGCACAUCAAGAAACCAAUCCGCUCCACCAUCCUCAGUCUGGACUGGCAUCCAAACAACGUCCUGCUGGCUGCUGGAUCCUGUGACUUUAAAUGCAGGGUGUUUUCAGCCUACAUCAAGGAGGUGGAAGAGAAACCGGGUCCUACACCCUGGGGCAGUAAGAUGCCAUUUGGGGCUGUGUUAGCAGAAUUUGGAGGAGCAGGUGGAGGGGGUUGGGUCCACUCUGUCUCUUUCUCAGCCUCUGGUAACCGUCUGGCCUGGGUCAGCCAUGACAGCACUGUCACUGUGGUGGACAGCUCUAAGACUGCCAGUCCUUCACAGCUGAAGACGGAGUUCCUCCCUCUCCUCAGUGUCAUUUUUGUUUCGGAGAACAGUUUAGUAGCCGCGGGCCAUGACUGUUGCCCCAUGCUGUUCCGUUGCGACGAUGGUGGGACGCUGACAUUUGUGUCAAAGCUGGACCUCCCCAAGCAGAGCAUUCAGAGGAACAUCUCUGCCAUGGAACGUUUCAGAAAUAUGGACAAGAGAGCCACCACCGAGGACCGCAACACUGCCCUGGACACACUGCACCAGAACAGCAUCACCCAAGUGUCUAUCUAUGAGGGAGACAAAAGGGAUUGUCGCAAGUUCUGCACCACAGGCAUCGAUGGAGCUAUGACUAUUUGGGACUUCAAGAGUCUAGAAGCUUCUAUCCAGGGUCUCCGCAUCAUGUGAAGAAAUCUUGUGAAUGAAUGAAGAGAGGCUGCCCCACCCCCCUCGGCCCUCACCCCUGCUCCUCCCCCUGCCACUCCUGCGACGCAGCCAGUAACAUACAUAACUGACCACCUUAUCGAGUGUCUGCUGAAGCACUGAUCAGACCAUAACACACUCUGCUGGGUGUGUGCUUUACACUCUAACACACACUAAAGUACACACAUGCACACACUACACACACAUACACACUGAGCUGACGUGUGACAUCACUGUUGAUUUACUUUUUUUUGUUUGUUUUUAAUGAAGGUUAACCAGGUGUCGAAGUGGGAAAGGUCCUCUGACGCGUAUUAAACGUGACGUGAAAUGUGUGUUUUUAUGUUCUCUAACCUCCUGUACCAAAAGUUGAACACUAAAAGGUGCGUUUUAUCCAAAAAUCAGACUGUAUUUCACCUCAGAUGAACCUCAAUAUGAUCUCCGAAUAUUAGUUUCAAGCUAGUGGUAGGGAUGUGAUAUUUUACCUCCUGGAUGAUGGUAAAAAGCAGGCGACGUCAUAGUUGUGAUUUGGACCUGGGUUUCUGAUAUUCGGAGGUCAUGUCGCUGGUUGGCUGUAGAACUGCAGCGUCUGACGGUGGAGAGGGAAGGCAGCGGUCUAAACUCGUGCGGAGUCACAGCUCGCCAGCACUAGGCUCUGUAGCUACUUCACUAAAACUACACAAGAUGGAGGAUUUCUAUGUAACUGAUCAUGAGGUAGACAUGAAAUAAAGAUGAAAUACAUUUACAGUACACAA